AUGUCUUUUUUAUCAACAGUUAACCAAAAUAAUAAGGCAUGUAUAGAAUGUGUACGUCAGAAACUACGAUGUGAUAAACGCGUACCAUGCAGUAAUUGUAUAAUGGCAAAGAAUCCAGAGAAAUGUGCUGUUCCAAAUUUAGAAACUGAAAAUGCUUCGACUGCUGGAGAAGAUUGGUCAAAUUAUCUUCGCAACUUUGUUUAUCCAAAAAUUAUUGAACCAACAAUGGAGAAUUCUUCAUCACCAUUGUCUCUGGAUGAAAGACUGAUUUUAUUGGAAGAAACCUCAUUGAAAAUAUCACCUGAUCGAGCCAAUGAAUUAGUAGAUUUUGCCAUUGAAAAAUUAAGUCCUGAAUUAUCAUCAGUUUUAAUACCGUCUCCAAGACAUUUGUACAAUUUAUUAGAUUUGUUUUUCAAUCAUGAUGAAGAAGAUGAUGAUACAAUUUUACCACAAGAUGAAUCCCUACUUUGGGCAACAUGGGCAUUGGCUUUACGAUUAGAAGACGAUAAAAAUACUGAAUUAUAUAAGGAUUGUAUGGAAUGCUCUAUCUCAAAAUUAUAUUCUAGUGAUGUCUUUAUCAAUUUAAAACUUCAAACAGUCCAAGUCUCAAUUAUUUUAUCUCUGGCAGGGCUAUCCUUAUGGAAGCCAAUGGCGUAUCAAUCUCUAAUUGCAUUAUCUAUUAAAUAUUGGGAGCUAGUACAACCGAAAAAUGGAUCAAAAUUAAAUAGUAUAAUCAGAGGGACAUAUUCUAGUUAUAAGCCUCUUUGGAAUCAAUUAGCCAUUCAAACACAUUUAAUAAUUGGACCGACAUACAGAAUUGCCAUUUCCUUGAAUGAUAUUAGUAUGACUGACGAUGAAGAUGAAAGUGAAAUUGACAUGUAUAAUUGGCUCCAUAGUAAGCUAAUCUUUAUAUUAUACCAAUUACGUGUCUGGACAGAAACGCCUAUUAGUUCACGUAUUCGACAGUUGGACGUCUUGUUGACUGAACUAGAUUCUAUUGAAUCGAGUUUUAAUAAUUGGCAAAAGUUGAACUCAAAAAUGGGUAUCAGCAUUUCUUCUAAAUACGAAAAAAUUAUUAUAAUCUUACUAUUAAAUUAUACUUAUUGGAAGGCUUUUAACCUACAUUUUAUUCUCUUUGAUUCAAAAGAAUCAAAGGAUAAAAUGUUUCAUUACACAAAUGUACUAAUUGAACUAUUCUAUCUAGUAAAAUCUGAUGAUGAACUAAUGUAUAUUUCCAGGAAUAGUUAUUUUUUUAAAAUCUUUGUUAUAUUAAAUGAAUUCUACGGUUUCAUAGAUGAUUUUGAUGAGGGCGUAACUAUAGAAGAGACUAAAGGUAAUAAUUAUUCUGACAAAAAUAUUAAAAUCGAAUUGCAAGGUUUAAUACAGGAACUGAUCCCGUUAUAUUAUAAUAGUUGA